UCUGACGCUGCCAUUUCAACUAACUGUAUUUUUGCGACAUCUCUCGAAAUCUUUAUUGAUUUGCUCAGCAACGUUUUCUAAAAUGAACCAAACAAUUGGUCGAUUUAUAAGUUCGUGGAGAUCGACUUUUCUCGCUUGCGGACCUAACUUUUCUUUACCAAAGCAACGCAAUGUUCUAUUGUACCCAAAUUUACGCAACACUAGUUUUUUUAACAAACUUUCUGCCGAAGACAUCUGGCGAGGAGUAACUGCGGUUAGCAAUGCUGGAAAAAAAAGAGGCCGCGGAAAAGGCAGCGGAAAAAAAGUGGCCAAAGAUCUAAACAAAGGACAAACCAUCGGGUUUGGAAAAAACAGUCGCUUAUGGCCCGGAUUAAAUUCAGCCGUCAUACGAGGAAAUGAACUCGUUCUUUCACAAAAACUUGUUGAAAACGAGGAUAGAGAAAAUGGAAUUAUGAAGCUGCGCGAUUCAAUGGGUGGUUUUAGGUUAAUGAAAUUAAAUCCCAUCGAUCGGGGUUGGUCUGGAAGUAAAAUGCCUGGAAGAAGUAUUGGUCCACCUGACACUAUUGGCGAGGAAGAAUUUGUAUCUUUUGAUACUCGAGUUUUGGAAAACAAAAUUGUUUUUAUUAUGAAGGGAAAUAUGGGAAGGAAACGAAGAUUUUCGGUUUUAUCUGUCACGGGAAAUGGUAAUGGCUUGGCAGGGUUCGCUACAGUUAAAGCGCCAGAAGUUAGGACGGCUCUUCGAAAGUCGAAGAAUCGGGCAGGACAAAAGUUAAUAAAUGUAGGCCUUUGUGAAAAUCGGACUAUAUAUCAUGACUUUCAAACAAAUUUUGGUAAAACAAAAAUUUAUUGUUUUCAAAAACCAGAUGGUUAUGGCUUAGUAUGCCAUCGGGCAAUACAAACAAUUUGUAAAGUAAUAGGUAUCAAAGAUUUGUAUGCCAAAAUUGAGGGCUCUACAAACCUUCAACAUAUUGUAAAAGCAUUUUUUAUUGGUCUAAUGAGUCAAAGGUCUUAUCAAAAUAUAAGUAAUGAAACAAAUCUUAACAUUGUCCAACAGCAAAAGGCUAAAAAUAGAUGUACUGAAGUUAAAGGAAUGCCACACAACAAUUCAACUCUCGCAAAUAAUAACCAAGUCGUUGAUUAUAUGAACUUCACACUAGGAAAUAAAAUUGUUUUAAAAAAACAAGGCAUACAACCUUUUUAUUUUUUUACAAAAGGACACAAUCUACAUCAAAUUAAAGCAGAACGAUUUCGAAAUCAAGCUAAAGUAAGACUACACAAGUUAAUCAAUUGUUAUGUUUGACUCGCUAAAUACCAAAUAAACCCACAAAAUUAAAAAAAAAAA